GGCUCGGCUUGCGUGAGCUGCGCGGGCGUCGUUGGGUUUGCUGAGUGCCCGGUCAUAGGUGACGGAAGGAGAGCAGUGGCUGGCUCGGCGGUGUCGCAUCAUGAAGUUCCAAUACAAGGAAGACCAUCCGUUCGAGUACAGGAAAAAAGAAGGGGAGAAAAUCAGGAAGAAAUACCCCGACAGAGUCCCUGUAAUUGUGGAAAAAGCACCAAAAGCCAGAGUACCUGAUCUAGACAAAAGGAAGUAUCUUGUGCCUUCUGACCUCACAGUUGGGCAAUUCUACUUCUUAAUCCGAAAGCGGAUCCACCUGAGGCCAGAGGAUGCGCUAUUCUUCUUUGUCAAUAAUACCAUCCCUCCCACAAGUGCUACCAUGGGUCAGCUGUAUGAGGAUAACCACGAGGAGGACUAUUUUCUCUAUGUGGCCUACAGUGAUGAGAGUGUCUAUGGCAAGUGAGCAGCAGUCCCCCAGGCAUGCAGGCGAGAUGGACUGAUGGAACUGAUUGGGGGGUAGGGGGAGGGUGUUGAAGAGGAGGAAGAAGAACGCUUGAGAAGAGGGGAAGAGGACUGGAAGUUAACCACAUGCACAGUGCCGUCAUCUUCCAUGUGUUAAUUAUAACCAUUAUUUUUAAGUUGAGGGGAGGGAGGGCGGGGGUACCGUAAAUGAAACAGUGAACUGAUAGGCUAACAAGAGGUUCUGUGUUGAGAAAUGGGAGAAUCCACUGUUUGUACUCUUCCCUUAUGCGGCUGGAAGUUGCUAGCUGGUACUGUAGGCUGCUAGACAAGCCAGUGUAGUGGAGCUUCUGGAGAGUGAAUGAACGGGAGGGAAAUGGUUGUUCAUGUGUAACCUUUCCAUUGGAUGCGGAAGGCAUGCCUGGAACUGUACACUGAUCUUGUCGCACCUUACCCAUGGCACGGGCUGCAUACCUGUGAGCAUUCAGUAAGCUGUGAAAUAUUUCACCCUGACCAUACAAGGUUGUCCUGUGCUGAUAGUCCUCACUCUAGCUGCUAUAUGUGAAGUGUUCCAAGACUACUAUAUUUCCUGUUGCUUCCAUCAUUUUAGAAUGCGUUUUACUCCCAGCCCCCAACUCUGAGGGCUGGGAACUACUCAGCUGUGAGAUGCAGGGAUGGAGAGGAUGGGGGAAAGAAGGGAGGAAUAUUUUUUUCCUUUGUUUUUUUAAUUGCAUAUGUGGACAGAACAAUUUGAGACAACUCUUGUUCUUUUCAGUGAAGCUAACUGCUGAACUCAUAAACAAAAACCUCAGGAGAACAACUAGCCAACUUCAGCAUUGAGGCAGGAUUGAGUAUACUAAACAUGUCCAUAGCUAUUCAUCCAGUUUAUUCCUAGAGACAGUCAUGUAGGCAGACUCUGGAGACUGCUUAGAUAGCCUGUUCCAGUUUCUAGCUAGCCUACAAGUGAGAGUGCUUUUCUUGCUGUAUAAGUUUAGUCCCUAGCAGUGCAUUAAUGCAAUUAACUAGUGGUGGUCUUGUUACUAGUGAACACAGAAAAUUAUCCAUCAGCGUUGUCCUUGCCCAAUCUUCUGCAGAUUUGAAGUUGGCAGAAAUCUUUCAGGUUUAGCCUUCCCUUCCAUGUCUCAUCCCUGUACAGAUCUUGCACCAUCUGCAUUAGCAGAAGAGAUCAGUCCCUCCCAUGUGUCUUUUGCUUUUUGUGAUUGGACACAGUGCCACUCUUUGACAUGAGAGGUGCUUUUAGACAUGAAGGGGAAGAGGAAAAGAUUCUCUGUAGGUUUUUGUUUUGAUUUUUUUUUUUUGUUGACGUUUUUUACUUUAUUUUAAGCCAGGGUUGUGUAUGCCCCAUCCUUGGAGGUGUUCAAGGCCAGGGUGGAUGAGGUGCUGGACAACCUGACCUAGUACUUGAUCUAGCAGUUGGCAAGCCUGCCUAUGGCAGGGGAAUUGAGAGCUCAGGAUCAUCAAGCUCUUUCUAACCCAGGCCAUUUUAUGAUUCUAUGGAAAUUCCCAGAUAGAUGCUGUCCUGUGCAAACCUUACGCUGUCAUGCCAAAGCAGUUACUUCCCAGUGGCACAAACAGCAGAUUUUCCCAUAAUUGCCAUAACUCAAGAUGGGGAGUGAGCUGACUUUCAGGGAUGUUUAGGGGUUUUAUCUAAAGGUUAAAUAACUGGACCUGAAUUUCUGCAAGCAUUCCUAUAUUUAGGGGGUGGACCAAGUGGGAAGAAAAGAUGAGAAAGACGAAGGAGACAGGCUGAGUCCAAAAUACGUUGAGGGUGUUUACUGUAUUUACCUGAAAAAGUUAGAUCCCAGUUCUCUGCAUUCCUCAGGAAUGAUAGAUUGAGUGCUUCUAUGGUGGUGGGAGACAGGAAAUCAGAUUGCAGCCUUUUCUGACUUGGUUGAUUGAGGCACAGAAGAUGGAAAAUGAGGCUGGGGGUGGGAAGCAGGAGUCAUUAAUACAGCUGUGUGAAGAAUAGGGAUGCAGUGUAGUACAGAAGAGUCACUGCCUGUGUGAUACAGUAAGUAACAAAUGAAUGGGAUAAAAAGGAGCAAAGAAUCUAGGCAAGGUGGUCAUAAAGGGGAAACAGAAAAUGGGGGAAUAAAGGAUAAAGUGGGAGAAUAAAGGAUGAAGUAGGUGGGUUUCUACAGGCAUUUUUCAUCUGAAUUUCAGGCUUGCUGUUCUAUCAUGUUGAUCUGGAAUAAAUACAUUUGGAGGACUUGUAUCAGCUGCAAGUUUACAUAACGUCCUCUUUUACUGGACCACUCUCCUUCAAUUAGAGUCCUUUAACACCCUUGGGGUGCAAAUCCACGUCAGUCUACUCUUUUAGGAAGCUCUGAAUGUUCUGAAGUAGAGAAUAGACUCAGAAGGCUCCUUAGGAUAAAAGAGAAGAUGGGGGCAGAUUGUAUACAGCCCUUUGCCACUGUCCCACUUGCUCACAUGUGUGCCACUAAGCAUGUGAUUGUGUGUGUUGUCUCAAAGUAACUUGUGUUUAGGCACACUCAAGAGAGAAAGAGUUGGUAUCUGGGUUGUGUUUUUUUGUGUUCAGACCUCUUUUCCCCUCCUGCUGCUGCGUUCAUAAGUAAAAAGAAUGGGACUUAUCUCAGCUGUUUGUGACGUUUGGAAUUUACACUUUACAUUAGUUACUUUACAUUUCUUUUAAUUGGAUUGUGGCAUUUAGUUCUGUUUUUGUGCUAGACUAAUAUUGUACAAAUAAUGACGGUAGUUCUUUUUUUGUGUUGAUUAGCUGCAGGUUCUUUUAAAAAUCCGUACUACUUAAGCUAAAUCAACCAGUCAAUAAAGAUGCGUUUGAAAAUCACAGGAUUGGCCCAAAAUGUGAUUGACUGUAGUAUUUAUCACCAUGUGUGCUUGUAAAUAAAGAGCCUGACUAACAGGGCUGCUUUGUCAGAA